AUGUCCCGGCGUGUGUUUACUUUUGCGGUGCUGCUACCCGUCGUCGUGAUGGUGUGCUGUGAAGUUGGAGGUGCACGCGCUGCGGAGGGUAAUGUAAGGGAUAAAGUUGUUGCGUUGAUGGGGAUUAAAAAGGAACAGCUUGACAACUGGGAGGAUGUUUCUAACGCUGGUGGUAAAUAUGGCUUGCUUCUUGGUCCCAAUCUUGUUGAGGUGCAGGGUCAUGUAUUUGCUAUUGCUGAAGCCGAUUGCAAGGAUGGCGGCGACUGCAGCAACGUCAGCUUUACUGGGGUUGCGUCAUGGUACCUUGAUCUAAGUGGUGUCGCUGGUCCAACGGAGAUCUCGACGGCGGGUGCGAGUAAGUUUGGCGCAUAUCCUCUAAAGGAAGGGUCUGAGGGCGUCAGCACCACAAACGGCAUAACGCGACCAACGACACUUGUAAUUGGGGACAGUGUCUAA